CUCAGCUUCCCAAGUAGCUGGGACUACAAGGCGCCAGCAACGUCGCCCGGCUAAUUUUUCGUAUUUUUGGUACAGACGGGGUUUCACUGUGUUAGCCAGGAGGGUCUCGAGCUUCUGACCUCGUGAUCUGCUCCCCUCGGCCUCUCAAAGUGCUGGGAUUACAGGCGUGAGCCACCACGCCCGGCCGGGUCCUGAAACUUAAGCUUCAUUCGUUUCACUGCAAAUCUGCUUCUGCCUACAAGUCUGGUCUUAUUUUCCUCUAAGGAUCUUCCUCCAUGCAAUUUCGGCCUAGGAGGCCCUUCCCGCCCCUUUUCGCCUAGCUAACUCUUUCGGUACUAAACCACCAGCUCCUAAUCCUCCCUGAUCCCCCAAGUGGGCUAGGGGCUUCUUUGGAGUCCCUCGCACUGCUCUAAGCAUCUAGGCAGAGUCAUCAUUCCGGGUGCCAGGUUGCUCUUUUUCCAGCAGCUUUCAGGGGACCCCUGGCUGGGCGGAGUCUGUAGAGGCGCGCGGAGUCCUGGGAGAGCGUCAGAUGUAUUUCCUUCCCCUUUUUUCGCUCGUGUCCCGCCGGGUGGCGCUCACCACCUCCCCGGAACACGCGAGUCUCCCGUCGCGGUUCCGGUCGGAAUUACCCAGUGGCGCACGCCGACAUGGCUGCACUGACACUGAGGGGUGUCAGGGAGCUGCUGAAGCGUUUGGACUUCGCGACGGUCCCGCGGAGACAUCGAUAUAAGAAGAAAUGGGCUGCCACAGAGCCCAAAUUCCCUGCUGUUCGACUGGCUUUGCAGAAUUUUGACAUGACUUACAGUGUGCAGUUUGGAGAUCUUUGGCCAUCAAUCCGUGUCAGUCUCCUCUCAGAGCAGAAGUAUGGUGCACUGGUCAAUAAUUUUGCUGCCUGGGAUCAUGUAAGUGCUAAGCUGGAGCAGCUGAGUGCCAAGGACUUUGUGAAUGAAGCCAUCUCCCACUGGGAACUGCAGUCUGAGGGUGGCCAAUCUGCAGCCCCAUCCCCUGCCUCCUGGGCCUGCAGUCCGAACCUUCGAUGCUUCACUUUUGACCGAGGGGAUAUCAGUCGCUUCCCUCCUGCCAGACCUGGCAGCCUGGGUGUCAUGGACUACUACCUGAUGGAUGCUGCCUCCUUGCUGCCUGUUCUGGCCCUUGGCCUGCAGCCUGGGGACAUCGUGCUUGACCUAUGUGCAGCUCCUGGGGGAAAGACACUAGCGUUGCUUCAGACUGGCUGUUGCCGCAAUCUUGCUGCCAAUGAUCUCUCCACUUCCCGAAUAGCCAGACUACAGAAGAUCCUUCACAGCUAUGUGCCUGAAGAGAUCAGGGAUGGAAAUCAAGUUCGAGUUACCUCAUGGGAUGGCAGGAAAUGGGGAGAACUGGAGGGGGACACCUAUGACCGGGUGCUGGUGGAUGUGCCCUGUACCGCAGACCGCCACUCCCUUCAUGAGGAGGAGAACAACAUCUUUAAGCGGUCAAGGAAGAAGGAGCGACAGAUGUUGCCUGUGCUGCAAGUGCAGCUUCUUGCGGCUGGACUCCUUGCCACCAAACCAGGAGGCCACAUUGUCUAUUCUACCUGCUCACUCUCACACUUACAGAACGAGUAUGUGGUGCAAGGUGCCAUUGAGCUCCUGGCCAAUCAAUACAGCAUGCAGGUGCAGGUGGAAGAUCUGACUCACUUCCGAAGGCUUUUCAUGGACACAUUUUGUUUCUUCUCAUCCUGUCAGGUUGGGGAGCUGGUAAUACCAAACCUCAUGGCCAAUUUUGGCCCUAUGUACUUCUGCAAAAUGCGUAGGCUGACAUAGUAUCACCCAAUCCCUGAAGCAAGAAUACAAAGGGUACACUCUGUUGGAGGCACCAGAAACUGGAAACUGGGACCAGUGGCAGAGAUGCACUCUGGGUCCUGUCUCCAUCCUGUUCGUGUCUUUCUGCAGUUUUCGGCAAUAAGAAGUUGAAGAUUUUCUGUCCUGCUGUCCAAUUGUGGAGCAUCAGCAGGUUUCUAACUCACUCAUUACCCCCUACGCCAUCUCCAGGCCUGUACUAAAGUUCACUGCCCGCUUAGGGGCGUAGAAGGAGAAGCCAGUGAGCAGGCUCACACUAAGUUGUAAACAUAGGAAGAAGCAUUUGGCAAUAAAGUUGUUGAAGCUCUAUAGACCUGGGGCUGCAGUUGGGGACUUCAUGUCAGUGCAAAUGCCAUUAGUUCCAUUUGUACCAGCCAGUUACUGAGCCCCUGUCACAUUUGAAGUGAGUUCCACCUGAUCAGUCUUGAGCAGCCAGCAGGCUCAAUUAAGCCCACCUGGUUUUUCCAUAUGGCCCAUGAUCUAAUUUAAGGAACAAGUAACUAAAAAUGUUAAGCCAGUGCAAAAUAAUCUGCUUACCUACUCACAUUGGAAAAGCCCUCUGAGCUGAAUUAUUCUGGCCAUUCCUGCUGUCAACAAUACUGCUGCCCAAAUGUGGCUUAGGAGGCUGCUUCUGCCACAAAACCGUCAUACUCUUGUGCGUGCCUUGUUCUUUGUUCAUUCAUCUAGCAAGUAUUCCCAGACCUCGUAUAUGACAGGUAGCUAGGGAGCUCUUGGAGAUGUAGCAGUUGGGAUUGUGGGAGAUUACUGGGCUUCCUCAUCCUUUAGAAUGGUAACUCUCCUUUUGCUUUCUGAACACCUAGGAAUCUCCUGAUGUUUUGUUUUGUUGUAUUCCAGACUUUUUGUUGUUUCUAGUCUGCAGCUGAGCUGAGCUCUGGUGCCUGUUCUUUGGCCCACCCCCUAAUCCCUAACUCUUCCCUCAGCAUCACAAGGCUUCACUGCACACACUGUGUUCAGGGCAAGAUUUCAUCAUUUACUGACUGCAUACUCGAUAUGUUGUUUUUGUAACUUUAGCCAAAAGAAAGUAACCUUUAGUGGCAGGGAUAUAAAAAAUUGCUCAGGGUUACUUGCAGAUAUUUUCUUUUUAAACAUUUUUUUUUUUCCUGGAUAACUGGUCCUGUGCAGAAAAGGGUAUAUAAUUUUAGAAUACCUGAAGGCUUCUUGGCUCUUCCACUUUCCUUAUUCCUCCUCUUCCUGCCAUUCUUUUUGUCCCUUCUGCCUUUCCCGCUCAUCCUUAUUUGGGUAUUAGAGGUGUCAGUUGAGAAGGGACUUUAGCUAAGCUAAGGUUAAGCCUUCUUUUGGGAUUUGCAUUGUAAUUGAGGGCCCUGGAAGAUCUCUGAGACUCAAAAUCAGGUGAAGCUAGGAAGAUGGAGCUUCAAGGAGCAUGGCUAGUGCUCUGAGUAGGACCCUAAUCAGCCUCUGUGCGUGGCAUAUGGUCCCUGCAUGCUGUUCACUCUGUACAGUACUUAGUAUUUGCUGAGGCUGAGAGGCCUCAGGUGCCUGGGCUUCUGCCCUUGGACUCCUGGAUAUCCAGCCUGGUGCUAAUUGAAUGCUAAGCAGUGGUAAUUCAAAAUGAGAGGGUCCCCUGCCUCUAGAAUCAUCAUCUAAUUGGGGACAGGCAGACCUAGAUAAGAAAAGCAGAGAACUACUUUGGAAAACAGUUUAUCUGCUGUACUUGAACAUUCAGCUACCCUAUAACCCAGUUAAUCCAAUACUGGGGAUAAAUCCUAGAGAAACUCGUACAUGUACACCAGGAGACAUGUACAAGAAUAUUCAUAGCAGCCCUAUUCACAAAAGCAAAAGCCUAGAAAUAACCCAGAUGCUCAUGAGCAAGAGAGUGGACAAGUAAACUGGAAUAUUCACAUAAUAGAAUAUUAUACAAUUGUCAAAUGAACUAUAAUGAUACCUAACCAUAUGGAUGAAUCUGAGCAAUAAAAUAAUUAAGUGAAAAAAGUUUAAUCCCAGAAGAGUAAAUGUAGCAUGAUGCCCUUUCUAAAUGAAAGGUUUUUUCUUUUCUAUGGAGUUAUUCUUUACAUACAAUAUAGUUCAUAAAUUUUAAAUAUAUUGUUUAAUAAAUUUUGAUAAUUGUAUAUAAUAGUAUAGUCACCAUCACCAUCAAGAUGUAGAAAAUAGAAAAUAGGCUAGGCACAGUGGCUCACGCCUGUAAUCUCAACACUUUGGGAGGCCGAGGUGGGAAGAUCACUUGAUCCCAGGAAUUCUAGAUCAGCUUGGACAAUAUAGUGAGACCUGGUCUUUACCAAAAAAAAAAAAAAAAAAAAUUAGCUGGGUGUGCUGGCAUGUGCCUGUGGUCCCAGCUACUCAGGAGGCUGAGGCAGGAGGAUCACUUGAGCACAGGAGUUUGAGGCUGCAGUGAGCAGUCUGGGCAAGAGAGUGAGACUCUGUCUUGUGCCACUGCACUCCAGCCAGGGUGACAGAGUGAGACUCUGUCUCAAAAAAAAAAAAAAAAAAAAAAAAAAAGGCAUUGGGAUUUAGAAUGUGCUGUUUAAAGUCUGAAGCUCGGCCAGGUGCGGUGGCUCACACCUGUAAUCCCAACACUUUGGAAGGCUGAGGCAGGUGGAUCACCUGAGAUCAGGAGGAGUUCAAGACCAGCCUGGCCAACAUGGUGAAACCCCAUCUCUAUAAAAAUAAAAAAAGCAUGAUGGCAGGUGCCUGUAAUCUCAGCUACUCAGUAGGCUGGGGCGGGAGAAUUGCUUGAACCUGGGAGGUGGAGGUUUCAGUGAGCCAAGAUAGCGCCAUUGCACUCCAGCCUGGGCGACAGAGAGAGACUUCAUUUCAAAAAAUAAAGUCUGAAGCUCCACUGGUCACUCCUUUUAUUGAUUAUUUGCAGCUGGUCUAACCAGUUACAUAUGUCUGGCUUGAUUACAUGGCCAGAGCAACAUAAAAGCCCUGCUGGGAACUUCUGAUUUGAGCUCUUCCAAAACCAGGAUGGAUGCCUCACAUAGAUCAUGAUGAUUCAAUCGAAAGGCACUUUGCAGUGCAGUCCACAUGUGCAUAAGGACCAUGGGAGCUUGUAUUUGGGAAUUCUGAGAUUCCUGAUGUUUACCUACCCAGUCUUUCUCUUGCUGCCCUGUAUCCUUUGCCUUUAAAUAAAAAUCUUAAGUGAUUAUGCUCUGAA